AUGGUUUUCGCGGCGUACCGUCGAAUGCCGCCGUGCGCCUUGGGACUGGCACUGGUUUUGUUGGGAAUGUCAUCGAGUUCAUUCGCGGCAGAGCACGAAGCUGGCGCCGGAGUGGCGAGCUUCACACAACAGGGCCCUCCUCUAGCUACCCUCGACGCCAUGAUACAGGCUGAUCUCACUGACGUGCCAACUGAAAUUCUUCCCGAUUCAGUUCCUUUAAGUCCGUAUACGUCUCCGAGUCCAGCCGAUGGGCAGUCUCAGCACACGCUAGUAGCUGUGGCUGCAGACGCGGAUUCUCCACGCCCCGCGGGUGACGGCCAUGAUUACGAUUUAUUGAGGCCGGAUGCUUCUUCCGCUAAUAACACGUACACAGUGUGGUCGCAGUCCCCCGGAGAAGAGGGUGCUGGACCAUCUAUCAAAUCUCUUGCCAUUGUUGAUUUCGACAGCGAGCACCCAGCAGAGCGUUACGGCCCUUCCCCGACCAGUCCCAUCCAGCUGUUGAAACCACGCGGUCCGGUAGUACAUGAAUUCGCGUAUGCGGAUUCCCUCCAUGGAUCUCCAAUCGUCGCUGGUAGUCCAGGAGGAUCGACGACUGUCGACUGGAAUGCGCCGCUGAUGUUGCGCUCAUCGAAGCCAGUAGUGUAUGAUCCCCGCGCCAUAAUGGUGGCCGACCGCAAUUACAUCAAGCAGAUAGGUGCUCAGGAUCGUCAGUCAAAAGAGUACAAUAAACUUGUGAAGAAAGCCACGCGAGCUUCUGUUAGCCCCAAUCGAAAACGGUACGGCAUUGGAGUGUACGCUGACUCUCCGGGAACUGCGUGGUGGAUGAAAGACGAGCAACAGGAAGGGUUUAGAGAUGCAGUGCCUGAGGACGCAGAAGGUGCCGUGGGGCACCCCACGUCGCUGGAUAAUCCCAGCCUCGUGAAUGCCGUAGAAGAGAGGCGACUGCAGCCUCGGCUCCGAAUUUUUAGUCAGUCUGUGACUGGGCCUAAGAAGACGCGAGAAGGCGACCGACGCGACGGAGGAACGGUGCAUGCGUGGAAAACCAGGGAGGACCCGGAACGGGAGCCUCCUGCCUGUCCCCCCUGCCGAACCAAGCAGCUAAAGGAUGAACGAAUCAAGAAUAGUUCUCAUGACGAGCGACCAGACACGCGUGAAGUGGGGCGGCGAGCAAAAGACACACAGCGGCACACCAGGGCAGAAAUGCCGCUUCCGCCCAAGUAUCAUCAGUCACCUAGAGACCGUCCUUCUCACGCCUACCCAAGUGUUCACGCGGAAGCACUAGACGAAGAUGACUUCGAAGAGUACGACGAGCUUGACGAUGAUUUCGAAGGGUAUGAAGAGCACCGACCCCAGCGCCACUAUCAAGACGCCAUCUCAGCUCGUAGCCGUAACGCCCAAGCAUACGGUAUCUACCUGCCUGAUAUCUAUGAGCGCCCUCCUGCGGCGACCACCUCCUCCGCCGAGAGUUGGGGAACGGUGCAAACCUCCUCCACGGAGUGGACUAACUCUUCAGCCUUUACCAUGCUAGGAGUCCCGAUUAGCAAGACAGAUAUCGACUACGCCCACUUCUUCGCUGACGACAGCCCAAGCGCUUCAGCUGACACUGCAAAAGGAAUUACAAAGAAACCUUUUUUUUCUAGGAAGAAACAACAGGCAGAGGCUGAUGAAGAAGUAGUGGUCUCUCCUCAGCCAUCUCUUCAUUCAGAUGCAGAUAAACGGUCUAGCGCCCAAGAAACAAAGAAAGUUCCAUUGCUUGCCAGGCUGAAGCCUCAGCACGAAUCGGCCGACAACGAUGAAAAACAGAAAUUCGAUGUUGCCGAUUUGCUGACGGCUUCUGGAUGGCGCCCAUCUGAUCAUGCAGCUAAAACGAAGACAGAUUCCUCAGAAAAAAAGAGAAACAGCGAAAAGAGGUCGCCGCUACGAGAGCGAAAAGCAAAGGUGCAGGAAAGCGCUGCUACUUGA